GAAGGGGUGAGGGAGCCUGGCAGCCGGCGAGGCGGGGCACUGGCCUCCGGAGCCCGUGGCCAAGGCGGGCCCUCGGGCCGUGACGGAGCAGGGAUCGGUGCCUCGGCGUUCGGAUUGGAGACCAGCCAGGUCUCUCGUGGGGGUGACAUGCCUGCCAGCUGACGAAGGCCGGGCGCCGGGAGGUGCUCAGAGCGACAUGACAUGGUCCGGUGUGACGGCGAGAGAGGAGUGAAGCCGCCCGGCCUUCCCGAACAUUCUCGGCUGGAGCCGCGGGACGCAGAGUGCCCAGCAGAUCUCUGUCCCUUUGGUUUCCGGAAGGAGUUCGACACAACCGCUGCUCUCGGACCUCAAGAACCCUCAAGACGACAAGAAAUGGUGCUACCCAGCUCAUGCCUGGGCCUUGGACCCCGGACUUCUUCAAGUCCUUCUAGCUCUGACUCAACAAUAUGCUGCAAUUGGAACCACUACACCACCCGACUCAGGAAUCGGCUCCAGAAGGUUAAGCCGAAGGACCGAGAUGUGCCAGGCCCGCCAGCACCACCGAGGCGAGCAGCGCCCGCCGCAGCACCUGCCCCCACGGCGACACCAUCUUCGCAGCCACCCCGGCGAGGGCUGGAGACCACCGCCAGCCGCGCCCCCCGUCGACACCACACCCCCUCCUCUCCUCCUUCCUUUUCAGGCUUUUCUCUCUGUCGUUUCCACUUCUUUCCUCCUUUCUCUGUCCCUUGCUCAGCAGGCUCGGCACCCGGGACCCUGUCCCCUCUUCCCCCCGAUUGAAUUUGCACUAUAAGUCGUUUGCACUGGUUUGGGGUCCCGGGCGGCCUGAGUCUCCGAGCGCGUGUGUGAGCCAAGUAUGCGUGAGCCCACUGCCGAGUGUGCCGGCCCCUCUGGCCGGUGGUGCCGCCCCCGCGCCCCCACCCUCCGUCAUUCUGGGGGUGACUGGGGGCGGCAGAGUGUGUGGGGCCCUGCCCCCCCCUCGCCUAGUCUGGAAGCUCCAAACACCAGGAGCCACCUCAAGCAUUGCAUUGAGUGUCCGUCUUGCCUGUGUCCCUCCUCUCCAGGGCUUCCCCAGAAGCCCUGGACAUCAAUAAAUACCGUUACAGCA